AUGAAUUUUGACUCACAUGGUUGCUGCCAUGGCCACAUUAUGUUAAGCAACUUCCACACUUCUCAAAGAGAAAAAAACCGUCCACAUCUGACGACGACAGUGAUAGGUGUCUUCCACUACAAUCCAUUUACCAACGCUGCUUUCAUUCUGCUUCCUCACUGUGCGGUGGGUGCCAUUUCCUUUAUUCCUAUCGCCCCAUUCUCCCUUGGAUUCAAAGUUACUAACUUUUCUGGAUAUCAUCUCGUAAAGUCACCAUUUUUUGCUUCCCUUUUGAGAACAAAAUUCUUGCUUCAAAAAGAAAAGACCAAGUGGGGCAUAACUCCAAAAACUAAAGUGCUUUUGGUGUCAAAUUCUGCAGGUGAAGCUAGAGCUGGGAAGCUCAACAUGUCUAGGGUAUUGGUUCAUCUGUUGGGUGUUUUGUGGGUAUGUUGGUGGUUGGCAUCAAUUGGAGAGGCUCAAGUAGAGUACCUGAGAUACAAAGAUCCAAAGCAACCGGUUGCAACUCGGAUUAAGGACUUGAUGAGUCGAAUGACUUUGGAGGAGAAGAUUGGUCAAAUGGUUCAGAUUGAUAGGAGUGUUGCCAAUGCUAAGGUUAUGAAAACCAGCUUCAUUGGGAGUGUAUUGAGUGGUGGUGGUAGUGAACCCCUUCCAAGGGCUACUGCUGAGGACUGGGUUAAUAUGAUAAACGAAUUUCAGAAAGGCGCUUUGGAGAGUAGAUUGGGUAUACCAAUGAUCUAUGGUAUUGAUGCUGUUCAUGGACACAAUAAUGUCUACAAUGCUACCAUAUUUCCUCAUAAUGUUGGGCUUGGAUGUACCAGGGAUCCAGAUCUGGCACAGAGGAUCGGUGCUGCUACUGCUCUUGAAGUCAGAGCUACAGGGAUUCCUUAUGUUUUUGCUCCAUGCAUAGCGGUUUGUAGAGAUCCAAGAUGGGGUCGAUGUUAUGAAAGCUAUAGCGAGGAUGCUAAAAUUGUGCAAGAAAUGACAGAGAUCAUACCUGGUCUACAAGGAAGUAUCCCUGCCAAUUACAAGAAGGGAUUUCCAUAUGUUGGUGGCAAGACAAAGGUUGCAGCUUGUGCUAAACACUUUGUUGGAGAUGGUGGUACAGCGAAGGGAGUAAAUGAGAAUAACACAUUGAUUGAUUGGCAUGGAUUAUUGAGCAUUCACAUGCCUGCCUAUUCUGAUUCCAUUAUUAAGGGGGUCUCUACUGUUAUGGUUUCUUACUCUAGUUGGAAUGGAGUAAAGAUGCACGCAAACCGUGAUCUAGUCACUGGCUUCCUGAAGAAUACCCUUAAGUUUAAGGGAUUUGUCAUCUCAGAUUGGCAAGGUAUUGAUAGAAUAACAUCACCACCCGAUUCAAAUUACACAUACUCUGUGCAGGCUGCCAUUGAAGCUGGUGUUGAUAUGGUCAUGGUCCCAUACAAAUAUGAUGAGUUCAUUCAGGAUCUUACACUCUUGGUCAAGAGCAAUAUCAUUCCAAUGGAGCGAAUCAAUGAUGCUGUUGAGAGAAUUUUGCUUGUAAAGUUCACCAUGGGUCUUUUUGAGAACCCUCUAGCUGAUACCAGCUUAGUCGAUGAGCUUGGAAGCCAGGAACACAGGGACCUAGCAAGGGAAGCCGUGAGAAAAUCUCUCGUGCUGCUUAAGAAUGGCAAAAAUGAAAGUACUCCACUUCUGCCUCUUCCAAAGAAAGUCCCAAAAAUCCUAGUCGCUGGUAGCCAUGCCGAUAAUUUGGGCUACCAAUGUGGAGGGUGGACAAUCAAAUGGCAAGGAUUCAAUGGCAACAGUGACACAAGAGGAACAACUAUUCUCAGUGCCAUAAAAUCAGCAGUUGAUCCAAGCACUGAAGUUGUUUUUCGCGACAACCCUGACAAUGAGUUUGCUAAGUCCAAUAACUUUGAAUAUGCCAUUGUUGUGGUUGGUGAGCCUCCUUAUGCGGAGACUGCUGGAGACAGCACAACACUUACAAUGGUGGAAUCUGGCCCAAAUGUCAUCAACAAUGUCUGUGGGACUGUUAAGUGUGUGGUAGUCAUAAUCUCUGGCAGACCUUUGGUCAUUGAACCAUAUGUUUCUAACAUAGACGCAUUGGUGGCUGCAUGGUUACCAGGCACUGAAGGCCAAGGUGUGACAGAUGUCCUUUUUGGUGACUAUGGUUUCACGGGUAAGCUUGCGAGGACAUGGUUCAAAUCUGUUGAUCAACUCCCGAUGAAUGAUGGGGAUCCUCACUAUGAUCCUCUUUUUCCUUUUGGUUUUGGACUAACAACCGAAUCUGUGAAGGACCUGGUAGCGAGGUCAACCUCAGCCGCUAUUGGUGUUAAGCACAAUUCAUGGGAGCUUUUUGGAGCAGGGGGCUAG